AUGAUAAGAGCUUCGGUGAUUCUUUUGUGCGUUUUCUUGCUAGGCGCAGCAGUUUCAGCCUCCCGUGAUCCUGCUACUGGUUAUUCUCUGGGUAAAAAACCCACAGAUUCUUGGAUAGCGAAAGCCUCGCCCACGGCUUCUCCUGGGAUUCAAGCCGCGGAAUGCUCCCACAAUACUAGGAUGUCCAAUCAAAAAUUUGCUUGGUUCAAAAUUGAUCCCUCCAAAGUUAAUCAAAAUGGCUCUACGUAUGGGACUUGCUACGCUACUACUAUUGCGCCUUCUGAGAGUCAGCUCGAAAAUAACAGCGGCUAUGAUGUCUUUUUCUGGCAAAACUCUGGAGGAAGAUCGGGAACAGGCACCGGGCCGAUAAGGGAUCCGAAUACCGGAGAACCUGGAUACGAGGACGAUUCAGGAAAGUUUCAUCUCGGGAACCCACCUAAUAAUGGCGGCUAUAAGAGUAGCAAGGGUAGGACCAAAAUUCCUGGUGCGCAUCAUGCCAGGGUUCGUACUGGUGCGGAUAUCAAUAAUUCCAGAACUGGUAACGGUCUUGCUAGAAUUGGGGAAAUCGGGAAAUAG